AUGCAUUUCCAAUCCCUUUGUUUUGCAUCAGCCACGCUGGUUAUCGCCAUCAUGGCAGCCCCAAUCAUUGAAUCCAGCUCACUUGCCGCACGUGAAGCUGGUGUUCCUCGGGGUUUCUUCAAUAACAAUGAUGUAGGAUCAGAGGUGAAGCGAGGAUUUUUCAACAAUGCAGAUGCAUCAGAUGCUUCAAAGGAGAAGAGAGGAUUUUUCAACAACAACGAUGCAGGGUCAGAUGUGAAACGAGGAUUCUUCAACAAUGCAGAUGCCUCAGGUGCUUCAAAGGAGAAGCGGGGAUUCUUCAACAACAACGACGUGUCGGAUUCCUCAAAGGCCAAGAGAGGAUUCUUCAACAACGGGGUCUCAACGGCGGAAGUUUCAAAACGCGACGAGGAGGUGGAUGAUGAUGGAUAUUAUUACACAUAUACAGAUAGUAGCAAGUAA